AUGUCCAACGUGCCCCGCUGUCUCUGCGACUCCUCUCUAGCCCUCUUCAACCUCGCCAUCUCCGGCUCCGACCCUUGGCCCUUCUCCUCCUCUUCCUCUCGUCUUUAA